CAAAAAAGUAUUAAUACUCGGCCGCAGCCUCCUCUACACAUUACAAACCGUUUUCAGCGGUCACCGCACUAUUAGCCACAGCUAUUGCUUCAUACCAACCGACGUCCUAAAGCAAGUACGAGAUGGCCCGUACCAAGCAGACUGCUCGUAAAUCCACCGGAGGAAAGGCGCCAAGGAAGCAGCUCGCUACCAAGGCAGCCAGGAAGAGCGCCCCGUCCACGGGGGGAGUGAAGAAGCCCCAUCGUUACAGGCCUGGAACUGUGGCUCUGAGGGAGAUCCGUCGUUACCAGAAGUCCACUGAGCUGCUUAUCCGUAAGCUGCCCUUCCAGCGCCUGGUGAGAGAAAUUGCCCAGGAUUUCAAGACUGACCUGCGCUUCCAGAGUGCUGCUAUUGGAGCUCUUCAGGAAGCCAGUGAGGCUUACCUGGUGGGUCUGUUUGAGGACACCAACCUGUGUGCCAUCCACGCUAAACGUGUCACCAUCAUGCCCAAAGACAUCCAGCUGGCUCGUAGGAUAAGGGGAGAGAGGGCCUAAGCAGCUACUUGUGGCUGUGUUAAGACAAAUUAUCCUAUUUAUCGUACUUAACCGUUUUGUGGCAUUUUUAUUUCUUGGGUGUUUUUUACAAGUUCUUUUUUGAAUUUUUGUAUCGUAUUUUAGAUUGGGACAAUUUACAAUCAUUCCACAAGCCUGAGAAUACUUGGUAGGUAGGAUGUUGCAGUAGGAGUAGCUACCUAUUUCAUCAUGGAUCAUUACUACAUGUAAACCACCAUACCACAUGUUCUGUUCUUUGUGUGUAUUGGGCAUCCUCUGGGAAUGGGAGUUGUCCUUUUAUGUGAGGAUAAUUCUUCGCAUCUUCCAUGGGGGGUCCAGGGUUCCCUCACCCAUCAACCAUUUACCACAAAAUGCCAGCAUGUCUUGCUCAACAGGUCUCACGGCAGUGUCUGUAUUGACUGCAACAGUUGAUACUCUACACUCUGUGACGAGCAUGGCAGACCUCCCUGUAUUUUUCUGGACUGCUUUUUACAUGUUUUUCAACAUAAAUCUUGGCAGCUACAUUUAAUACUAUUUAUGAAAAUGUUGUCACAUGUCUUUCUAUUAAAGGUCUCUAUGAGUAAA